UUGAAUCUCGGAGGAGCUAAGUACCUCCGCUGAGGUGAAGUUACGCGGCAGUUUUCUGGGCUGGCUUUGCAGCUUAGUGCGGCGCAGCACGGGCCCGGGCGAUGGUGGAAGGCCCGGGUUGUACUCUAAAUGGAGAGAAGAUUCGGGCGCGUGUGCGCCCGGGCCAGGCGGUGACUGACGUGCGGGGCCGCGCGCUGCAGGGCCUGGGUGGGCCCGGCUCGCCGCCCGCCGCCUCCGGGCCUGUGGGCUCCUCACAGGCUGCUGCACUGAAUAAUAAUAAAAAUUCCAGUCAGGAUUUCUUGAGACUGUUUAAUGGACAUGGUUACAGUGGUGUGGAAACUUUGGGGAAGGAGCUCUUCAUGUACUUUGGGCCAAAAGCUUUACGGAUUCAUUUUGGAAUGAAAGGCUCCCUCGUGAUUAAUCCACUUGAGUCUAAAAAUAAGAAUGGAGUUUCUCCUGUUUUUGAAGUACAGCUCACCAAAGAUCUGAUUUGUUUCUUUGACUCAUCAGUAGAAAUCAGAAACUCAACAGAAAGCCAACAGAGAAUAAGAGUGAUGGAAGAAUUAGAUGUGUGUUCACCUAGAUUUAGUUUUUCCAGAGCAGAAAGUGAAGUGAAAAAGCAGAAAGGACGGAUGCUAUGUGACGUGCUAAUGGAUCAGAAAGUGUUGCCUGGGGUGGGAAACAUCAUCAAAAAUGAAGCUGUCUUUGACAGUGGUCUCCAUCCCUCUGUCAAAUUUUUCUGUUUUAAGGUUUGUCAGUUAACAGAUGAACAGAUCCAUCACCUUGUGAAAAUGAUACGUGAUUUCAGCAUCCUUUUUUACAGGUGCUGCAAAGUGGGAUCUGCUCUCUCUAAACACUAUAAGGUUUACAAGCGUCCUAAUUGUGGUCAGUGUUGCUGCAAAAUAACUGUGUGUCGCUUAGGGGAGAAUAACAGAAUGACAUAUUUCUGUCCUCACUGUCAGAAGGAAAAUCCUCAGCAUGUUGACAUACGCAUGCUGCCAGUUAGAAACACCACAGUCAAUUGGCCUUCUAGCAGACAGCGUCAUCUUAUGGACUGUGUGGCCCAGAAAUCUGAAGAGCAGUGGACAUGUGAGGUUUGUACUCUAAUAAAUAAGCCGUCUUCUAAGACGUGUGAUGCUUGCCUGACUUCAAGGCCUGCAGAUUCAGUACUCAGGAAUGAAGGAAAUCCUAUUGUCUUUAACAACUUAGUGAAAUACCCUUGUAAUAGCUUUGGAAAACCAAAGGCAAAAGUGAAGAUCAACAGGAAAACUGCAUUUGGAACUACAACUCUUGUUUUGACAGAUUUCAGCAAUAAAUACAGUGCUUUGGAAAGAGAAGAAAGCCACAAUCAUAUACCAGACGGGGAGUUUCCAAGCCCUCCUCCUAACAUGUGUGGUAGUGAUACACUGAACACCUCCAAGGAGAGAACAAACUGUAGAAGUCAACCAUCUGACAAAGUAAAUAUAUCACCUAUAGUCUGCUCUCAGUAUAAAUUAUUUAGUCCAGCACAUAAAAAAUUAAAAACAACCCACUACUCAUCACCGGAUCUUAAAAGUUGCAACCCUGGAUUUUCUAACAGUGAACUUCAAAGCAGUAUGACAGAUGGUCCUUGUUUGUUAAAUGCCGGCAGUCCCCGCUGCAGUAAACACGGCCGCCCCUGCGCUCUCCGAGUGGUGAGGAAGAGUGGAGAAAACCAGGGCAGGCACUUCUAUGCUUGUCCUCUACCAAGAGAAGCGCAGUGUGGAUUUUUUGAAUGGGCGGAUUUGUCCUUCCCAUUCUGCAACCAUGGCAAACGCUCCAUCAUGAGAACAGUGUUGAAGAUUGGACCAAAUAAUGGAAAGAAUUUUUUUGUAUGCCCUCUUGGGAAGGAAAAACAGUGCAAUUUUUUCCAGUGGGCACAAAAUGGGCCAGGAAUAAACAUUAUUCCAGGCUGCUAAGUUUCUAGUAUUUGAGAGCUAUUCAUUUAAGUGUGUCAUCUUUCCAUUCAAAAGCUGUGUAUAUUUCUUUUUUUGCUUGAUGAAUGCUAUAUGUUUCAUCAAAUAUACAAUAUAUUCCAUUUAUAAUGUAUAUUUAACCUAUUUAGUUAUGACAAUAAAGUAUUUUUAAUAUGC